CCUCCCAAUUGACGUCAGUCCGGCGUCACGUGACCAAGCGGGGCCCAAUGAGCGGAGGGUUGCUGGCUCCUCUAUACACGGAGACGGUCAGCAGGAAAAGCGGAGAAUAAAAGCGAUCAGAGGGGCAGGAAUGGCCUCCGACAGCCUCUGAGGAUCGCAAAGGCGCUGGACUAGAAGGUCUUCUCCGCUGAACCGAACCGAGGAUUUACUGAGUCCGGCUCCGACGUGGGCGCACUGGAUCGGGCCAUGGCCCUCACGCUCUGAGAACAGCUCUGUGUCCGUGGGGUGGGGGGACGCGCGCCGUGGAGACUGUUCACGGAGAGGAAAAUGGUGGAUUAUUGUGAGGGAGUCAUUAAAAGGUUGAAACAUCUGGAUCUGCUGCGGGGUUUGACGUGCUGGUCCUCUGGUGGUAGGUAGGUAGGUACUCCCCCCCCCUCCCUCCCCACCCUCACCAUCCCAUCCUGUCGACCUUCUGAUUUUUAUUUAUCCCCGAGCCUCCGUCAAACUCUUGGAACAAUUAUUUCUGGGAUUACUGGCGAAAUGGAUUUUAACAGCGGCGGUGGCGGCGGCGGCGGGGGGCCCAACGAGCUGCACAACAACCAGUUCUACCAGUGCGAGGAGAGCAAGCCCCUGCUGGGGGAGAUGUCCGAGGGCCACAACAACACCAAGCCGGGCGCGGGGCCGUGCAGGAGGUCCCUGCACCCCUGCAGCAGCAACGGGAUGCGCUACAAGCUGCUGCACGAAGGGGACAUCCAGGUGUGCGUGGUCAAGCACCCGCGCACCUUCCUCAGCAAGCUGCUCACCUCCAAGUACCUGCGGAGGUGGGAGCCGCACCACCUGACGCUGACGGACAGCGGCCUCAGCUCGGCCACGCCCACCGGCUACAUGGAGACCACUUUGUCCUACAGCUCCAUAGAGGACCUGCAGCUGCUCUCCUGGGACAACGCUCCCAAGUACUGCGUCCAGCUCAGCAUCCCCGGGGGCACCAUCCUGCUGCAGGCUGCAAACAGCUACCUGAGGGACCAGUGGUUUCACUCCCUGCAGUGGAAGAAAAAGAUCUACAAAUACCGGAAAGUUCUGAACAACCCGAGCCGCUGGGACGUGGUGCUGAAGGAGAUCCGAGCGCUGGUGGACAUGGCUCUGACCUCUCCUCUGCAGGACGAAUCCAUCCACCAGGCCCCGCUGCACAUCAUCUCCACCCUGCUGGCAGAGAACUCAAACCUGAGCGCUCAGGAUCACGAGAACAUCAUCGUGGCGAUCGCUCCUCUUUUGGAAAACAACCACCCACCGCCCGACCUUUGCGAGUUCUUCUGCAAGCACUGCCGGGAGCGGCCGCGGUCGAUGGUUGUGAUCGAAGUGUUCACGCCCGUGGUCCAGAGAAUCCUCAAACACAACAUGGAUUUUGGGAAGUGCCCUCGGCUCCGUCUCUUCACUCAGGAGUACAUUCUGGCUCUGAACGAGCUGAACGGCGGGAUGGAGGUUGUGAAGAAGUUUAUUCACAGCAUGCACGGCCCGACGGGGCAGUGCCCGCACCCCCGCGUCCUGCCCAACCUGGUGGCAGUCUGUCUGGCUGCCAUUUACUCCUGUUAUGAGGAGUUCAUCAACAGCCGAGACAACUCUCCCAGCCUGAAGGAGAUCAGGAACGGCUGCCAGCAGCAGAACGACCGCAAACCGCCGAUGCCGCUCCGCCUGCUGCGGCCAGAACCCCCGACGCCGCCUCCCGCCACCAUCCUGCCACUGUCCAGCACCCCCAGCCCCCCCCAGCCGUCUCCCCCCGCCCCCACAAACCCAGCCGCCCCGUCCAUCCCCACGUCCCCGACGCCCUCCCUGCCCCUCUCCCCUCCGCCCUCCAUCGUCAACUCCAGCGAGAUCCUGGUGGAGCUGGAGCGCAACAACAACACCGCCAACGCCAAGCGGAAGGGCGGGCCUGCAGGGGGCGACAGCGAGCCGAACCUCAUCGACUGUCUGCUGGUCAGCCCCGCGCUCAACACCCUGUCCAUCCAGCUGCCGGCGCAGGCCGACCGAGUGCUCGGCUGCUUCGCCCUCAUCCUCAAGAUGCUGUCGGACUACGACGACUGGAGACCGGCUCUGGCCAGCCUGCUGCAGCCCAUCCCUUUCCCUAAAGAAGCUCUGGCUCACGCCAAAUUCACAAAGGAGCUGAAAUAUGUCAUCCAGAGGUUUGCAGAGGAUCCGAGGCAGGAGGUCCACUCCUGCCUGCUCAGCGUGCGCUCGGGGAAGGACGGCUGGUUCCAGCUCUACAGCCCGGGGGGCGUGGCCUGCGACGAUGACGGCGAGCUGUUUGCCAGCAUGGUCCACAUCCUGAUGGGCUCCUGCUAUAAAACCAAGAAGUUCCUCCUCUCUCUGGCCGAGAACAAGCUGGGUCCCUGCAUGCUGCUGGCGCUGCGAGGAAACCAGACCAUGGUCGAGAUCUUGUGUCUGAUGCUGGAGUACAACAUCAUCGAGAACAAAGACACGCAGCUGCAGAUCAUCUCCACCCUGCAGAGCACGCAGGUGGGCUUCCGCAUGUACGAGCAGCUCUGCGACCGUCAGCGGGAGCUCAAGGAGCUGCAAAGAAAAGGCGGUCCGACCCGACUCACCCUGCCCUCCAAGUCCACGGACGCGGAUCUGGCCCGCCUGCUGAGCUCCGGCUCCUUCGGGAACUUGGAGAACCUGAGCCUGGCCUUCACCAACGUCACCAGUGCCUGUGCGGAGCAGCUCAUCAAGCUGCCGUCGCUCAAACAGCUCAACCUCUGGUCCACUCAGUUCGGGGAUGCAGGACUGAGGUUGCUAUCAGAACAUCUGGCCUGCCUUCAGGUGCUGAACCUGUGUGAGACUCCGGUCACCGACGCCGGCCUGCUGGCUCUGAGCUCCAUGAAGAGUCUGUGCAGCCUGAACAUGAACAGCACCAAGCUCACGGCGGACACCUACGAGGACCUCAAGGCCAAACUGCCCAACCUGAAGGACGUCGACGUCCGGUACACAGAGGCCUGGUGAUCCAUCACAGCCUCCCGGCCCCCCGCCCACACACACACACACACACACACACACACACACACACACACACACACACACACACACACACACACACACACCAUCAACUGCAUCUCCAGACCAGAACCUCAGCGCCUGUUCUCCGACACGUUCAAAGCUGUGAAGGAGAUUUCUCUUCGGCUUCGUCCCCAGCCACCGGAGGGGCAGCCGGGAAGGAAGCGUCGCCGUUUCUCCGUGGACCUCAUCCCUCCUCUCCUCUUCCCCAGGGGAGCUCUGCUUUUUUUUUUGUUUGUUUUUUAAUAAACUCUAAGGACCCGUUUUAUCCAGACCGAACAGAGAACGCUCCAUCCGUCCUUUUUGCCCAGAACGGUCCCCAGCAGUUCAGGCUCAGCCAUCGUUCCUCCGGAGCAUCCUCUAUGGUCCUCUGAUGUCACAGCAGGUGCGCUUCUGUCAUGGUGCGUUCAAGUACACCUCGUACACCGGGUCGUCUAUAUCAAAACGCAUGAAAAAUUAUAUAAUCAAGCUAUAAUAUCAUUAAAUGCUGCCUCAGACUUCUUCAAAAUCUAAAUCUAGAUUUUUACUGUAAGGGUUUUCUAUCGCAUCUAUGAAUAUUUAGUCCAGAACGAUUAUAGUGUGUUCGCCACGUGCAGGAACGUCUCCGUCAGAAUGUAGAAAUCCCCUUAAUUAGGCACAUAUUACAUAUAUUCUGCCUAAUUGUUUUCUAGUGUGCGUCUCUAGACUGUUUUAACCCACUGUAAGGCUUUUCGUGUUCGCAUAAAGCUUCACGCGAUGGGGGAGCAAAUUAGCGCAAAAAAUGCUGAAUCUUUUCAGCAGACACAGGCCCGUAUUAAGACAAUGUGGGGCCCCUGGGCAUUAUACCUCAAAGCCCCCCCAACC